AUGCCACCCGCCGCCGCGAGAGCCCAAGCGGAGCUGCACCACCAAAAGACCAAACUCGCCAACUCGUACAGCGAGCUCCUCGACAAGGACCUCCGUACUGUCGGCAACUACGCCGUCGGCCGCCUGAUAGGCAAGGGCUCAUUCGGAAAGGUCUACUUGGCCUCGAACAAACUCAUCAAUGGCUCCAAGUCGGCCAAAAAGGACGACGCCAACCUCGCCCGCGAGAUCCACCACCACCGCCAAUUCCUCCACCCACACAUCGCUCGUCUCUACGAAGUCAUAGUCACCGAGUCGCUGGUAUGGCUGGUCCUGGAGUGGUGCUCCGGCGAUGAGCUGUACAACCACCUACUCGAACACGGUCGCAUGCAAGAAAAAAAGGUUCAAAAGAUCUUCACACAACUCGUUGGCGCAGUCUCAUACGUCCAUUCAAAGUCUUGCGUCCAUCGCGACUUGAAACUCGAAAACAUCCUGCUCGACAAGCACGGCAAUGUCAAACUGGUCGACUUUGGCUUUACCCGCGAAUACCAGGGCACUACUAGUUAUCUGCAGACAUGGUGCGGCACCGUCUGCUACAGCGCGCCAGAGAUGCUGAAGGGAGAAAAAUACGCUGGUGAAAAGGUGGACGUCUGGAGUCUGGGGAUCAUUCUAUACGCUCUUCUGUGCGGAGAGUUGCCAUUCGACGAAGACGACGAGAACGAGACAAAGCAGCGCAUCCUCAAGGAAGACCCCAAGUAUCCGGAAUACGUUCCAGAGGGCGCAAAGGACCUUCUUUCGAAAUUGCUGUCCCGCCGUCCCCUCCUACGACCACCGUUGGCCGAUGCUCUCCGUCAUCCCUGGCUGCAAGAAUACGCUCCUCAGCAACAAGAGAUUCUCAAAGUCUUGCAACCUCCGCCAUUCAGUACCGAAGUAGAAAAGGCAACACUGCAACGCAUGCGCAGCGCGGGUGUCAACAUCGAUCAUGUCAUUGAGAACGUGCUGGGACAAAGAUGCGACCCACUGGCUGGCUGGUGGGGUCUACUGCUUGAGAAAGAGGAACGAAAAGAGAGAAGGCGAUUACGGAAACGCAGAGAAAAAGAAGCAGAAGCGAGGAGUAUCAGACGGUUGAGCGCAUCCAGCAGUCGUCUAUUGAAUGCGCCAAGUCUAAGGGAAAUCACAGAGGAAGAGCAGGCGCGACUGAGCAUAGUUUCACCCAAGACUAGAGGUCGGGGCGUGAGCAGGUCUAGCGCUGCACCUCCCGACUUGCCCAGAGUGACCGAAGGCAAGACCCCCGAACCCGAUGAUCGACCACCGCCUCCUGUAGAAAAGGACCAGCGUCGCCGUUCGCUUUCGAUUACGUCGUCGAGUUGUGGUCCUGCUCUACCGCCAAAGGAUGUGCCCAGGAGACCGCGUGCCGCUAGCAGAGGCAGCUCUCAGCUACUCCAAGUCAUACACACCAGAAACGACUUACUAGCCCCGCCGCCAUUUCAUCAAAAACUACGGAAACGACCAUUCAAAGAUCAACUCGCCCAUCUCAAGUCCUGGUUCAAGACCAGCAGUGGAAAGUCGCAAAAGAAGGAUAUCCAAGAGAAUCUCGAAGUACAACUGGCGACUGCUCGCAAAGCUUCGGCUUCGAUGCCGUCGAGUCACCGGAGGGGUUCUGCUAAUGAUCUCCUGAAGGAUCAGCGAAAGAGUCCGCGGCCAGACAUGCCGACACGAACAACAUAUCCCAUACGGCCACGUAUAUCCACUGCUUCAUCCUAUGGUUCUACAGGAUCCCGGACCCAUGGAGGCAAUAGGCCGUCUCUUUCACCAGCACCGCUUACACCCCGCUCCUCCAUCUACCGCCGCGGCUCAGGUCUGCGCGGCAGAAAAUCGACUUCUUCUUCCGUGUCAUCUGUUCGCAGUAUUCACACUCACCACCAUUCUCUUUCGCGCGCUUCCACCACCUCUUCAAACUCUGUGGCUUCUCCAUCUCUCAGCACACAUUCCCGCGCUAUCUCAAGGUCACCACACACAAGUGGCAGUGUUGUGGUCUUGCCUCCUUCCACACCUACAUCCUCGGUCACUGGCACUUUUCCAUCGGGCAUUCGAGUUGCUCGACGUCCUCCCCCUGGCAAUCUCGGCACUCUACCUACCUUGUCCACUCAAACCCUGAACUCGCCCAUGAAUUAUACCUUCGGUCCCAGUCUCGGCAAUACACCCGGCGCACGUGGCAGAGGUUCCGGCAACAACUCUGGCGACAACAGCCGUGGUACCAGUGCUCAAGGCCGUCGCAGCAACGAAAUCACCAUCACCGAAGAAGACGAGGAGGAGGAAGAAGAGCAACAAAAAGAACCCAAAGACUUUUUCGGCAGCAAGAUCACCUUGCAAGAUCAGGGUAUGAGACUGGUAGAAGAAGACGAAGAGGAAGAUCUCGAAGUCGAAGAAGUGGAAAGUUUUUCACCCAUUGAAGAGGGAGACACGACUGCUUUCAUCAUCGAGGAAGAAGAAGAAGAAGAAGAUCCAGAUGGCGAUAUCACUGUGAUACCCAAUCUAGGUGAAGAUGAAGUCGAGGCCACUUCUUCGCCUGAGAUGAGUAGGGAUGCGAAGACUAUCGCUGAAGACGUUUUGAGUAGAGAUGUCGUCAAGGAGGGAGAUACAGAGGAAGGGGAUGCAAGUCUGGGCUUGGGCAUUAGUGGCGCUGGGAAAUAA